AUGUCAUCAGAUACAUCGGCGGCUGCGUCGACCUCGAGAUCCGAUAUGAGCAAAAAGAAACGAAGACACAGGAAGAAGGAAGCUGCAGGUGCGGCAGAAAUAGAGCAAGAGCGGCCUGAAGCCUGGACAUCUGUCUCUGCUGCUGGGUCCUCCUCUGAACCUGCACCCGAAGCAUCUUCUUCGUCUCCUUCCAAAUCCAAACCUACCACUACCCCGUCUUCCUCAAAGCCUACAGACCCCACCCCAACCAUUCCCUCGAAGACGGACCGUCUCCCAUUUUCCACCCUCGACCUCUCCGAACCCACCACCCGCGCACUCACCGAAAUGGGCAUGUCCACCAUGACCCCCGUACAAGCCAAAUCCAUACCCGUCCUUCUCGCGGGCAAAGACGUCCUCGGUGCCGCGCGCACGGGAACGGGCAAGACGCUCGCCUUCCUCGUACCCGCCAUCGAGCUCCUGCACCGGCUCAAGUUCAAGCCCAUGAACGGGACGGGGGUCAUCAUAAUCACGCCCACAAGAGAGCUAGCGCUGCAGAUUUUUGGGGUGGCGAGGGAUUUGAUGAAAUACCAUUCGCAGACGUUUGGGAUUGUGAUUGGGGGUGCGAACCGGAGGGCGGAGGAGGAGAAACUGGUGAAGGGGGUUAAUUUAUUGGUAGCGACGCCUGGGAGGCUGUGGGAUCACUUGAGGGACACAAAAGGCUUCGUGAGACGGAAUCUCAAGGCUCUUGUCAUUGACGAGGCAGAUCGGAUAUUGGAGAUCGGUUUCGAGCAACAGAUGAAGGAUAUUAUUGCCAUGCUUCCAAAAGACGAACGACAAACCAUGCUAUUUUCCGCAACCCAAACCACAAAAGUUACCGACCUGGCACGGAUAUCUCUCCGACCAGGGCCUGUACACAUCGACGUCGACAAGGAAGAAAGCACGAGCACAGUCUCAACCCUCUCACAAGGUUACGUCGUGUGUCCUUCGGAACGACGUUUCCUCCUUCUUUUCACAUUCUUGAAGAAGAACCUCAAGAAGAAGGUCAUUGUCUUCUUCUCGAGUUGUAACUCUGUAAAAUACCACUCGGAACUGCUGAAUUACAUCGACGUACCUGUCUUAGAUCUUCAUGGCAAGCAAAAGCAACAAAAGCGCACAAAUACAUUCUUUGAAUUCAUAAAUGCCGAGAACGGCAUCCUACUCUGUACAGACGUCGCCGCUCGCGGGCUCGACAUCCCCCGCGUAGACUAUAUCGUGCAGUACGACCCUCCAGACGACCCCCGAGACUACAUCCACCGUGUCGGCCGAACAGCACGCGCAGGGAAAGUCGGCAAGAGUCUCCUUUUCCUCUUAGAGUCCGAGCUCGGCUUCCUUCGCUACCUAAAAGAAGCUAAAGUGCCUCUGAACGAGUUCGUGUUCCCCGCCGACCGGAUCGAGAACGUGCAGGCGCAGCUCGAGAACCUCCUCGCGAAGAACUACCACCUCUACCGCUCAGCGACGAGCGGGUACCGCGCGUACCUCCAGUCGUACGCGUCGUACUCGCUGAAGAAAAUCUUUGAUGUGAACGCGCUGGAUUUGACAAAGAUCGCGAAGGCGUUUGGGUUCAAGGUGCCCCCGAGGGUGAAUUUGGCAGUUGGCCCGGGUAAGGGGCAGUCGGCACGGGCUGGGGAGAAGAGGAGAAGGGAUGAGACGGAGAGCGAGUCGGAGGAAGAGGAAGAGGAGGGUGGAUCACCGGACAAGAAACCCAAGACAGGCGACGGGUCGAUUCGUGGACCGAUGAGAGGGAAGGAUGGGAGGGCGAAGAGGAUAGAGACGCUAGGCAAGAAAGCGGUGGAGAAAGAGAGAUUCAGAAAGGGUAAGGAGAUGAAGCAGCUGGGAAAAAACUGGAGUCGGUAG